AUGCCGGAGUCCUGGAGACCCGCCGAGGCGAAUGCCUCCUCGCAGCCGGCGGCAGGCACGUCCGGCCCCUCGGCUCGGAGCCAGGGCAAUGGCGCCAAGGGGCGCGCCAAGGGGGAAUCCCGCGGUGCUGCGGAGGCGACGGCGACGGCGACGCGGGUGCCGUUCCACAAGCUGUUCGCGUUCGCGGACUCCACCGACGUGGCGCUCAUGCUACUGGGCGCGCUCGGGGCCGUGGCCAACGGCGCCGCGAUGCCCUUCAUGACCGUGCUCUUCGGCAACCUCAUCGACGCCUUUGGCGGCGCGCUCAGCAUCCACGACGUCGUCAACCGGGUGUCCAUGGUCUCUCUCGAGUUCAUCUACCUCGCCAUCGCCUCCGCCGUCGCCUCCUUCGUCCAGGUGACCUGCUGGAUGAUCACGGGCGAGCGUCAGGCGGCGCGGAUACGGAACCUGUACCUCAAGACAAUCCUGAGGCAGGAGAUCGCCUUCUUCGACAAGUACACCAGCACCGGCGAGGUCGUGGGCAGGAUGUCCGGCGACACGGUGCUGAUCCAGGACGCCAUGGGCGAGAAGGUCGGCAAGUUCAUCCAGCUGGUGGUGACCUUCCUCGGCGGCUUCAUCGUCGCCUUCGCGCAGGGCUGGCUGCUCACCCUGGUCAUGAUGGCGACCAUCCCGCCGCUCGUCGUGGCGGGCGCGGUCAUGUCCAACGUCGUGACCAAGAUGGCGUCCCUAGGCCAGGCGGCCUACGCGGAGUCGUCGGUGGUGGUGGAGCAGACCAUCGGUUCCAUCAGGACGGUUGCGUCUUUCACCGGCGAGAAACGGGCGGUGGAGAAGUACAACAAGUCCUUGAAGAACGCGUACAAGUCUGGCAUCCGAGAGGGCCUUGCCACUGGGCUUGGCAUGGGCACCGUCAUGGUGCUCCUCUUCUGCGGCUACUCGCUGGGGAUUUGGUAUGGCGCUAAGUUGAUCCUGGAGAAGGGGUACACCGGAGCCAAGGUCAUGAACGUGAUCUUUGCAGUCCUCACUGGUUCUCUGGCUCUAGGUCAGGCGUCUCCAAGCAUGAAAGCGUUUGCAGGUGGGCAGGCCGCUGCAUACAAGAUGUUUGAGACGAUCAACAGAACACCAGAAAUCGACGCGUACAGCACCACAGGAAGGAAGCUGGAGGACAUUCGAGGGGAUAUUGAGUUUAGGGAUGUCUAUUUCUCCUAUCCAACAAGGCCUGAUGAGCAAAUAUUCAAGGGUUUCUCCCUCACUAUACCUAGCGGCAUGACAAUUGCAUUGGUAGGACAGAGCGGGAGUGGCAAAUCCACGGUCAUCAGCCUAAUCGAAAGGUUUUAUGAUCCUCAGCUUGGCGAUGUUCUGAUAGAUGGUGUGAAUCUCAAGGAGUUCCAGUUAAGGUGGAUCAGAAGUAAAAUCGGCCUUGUCAGCCAGGAGCCAGUCCUUUUUGCUGCCAGCAUAAAGGAGAACAUAGCUUAUGGGAAAGACAACGCGACGGAUCUUGAAAUUAGAGCUGCUGCUGAGCUUGCCAAUGCUGCCAAAUUCAUAGAUAAAAUGCCUCAGCUACAAAGCGCACUGGAUGCCGAGUCUGAAAGGAUCGUGCAGGAAGCUCUUGACAGGGUCAUGACAAAUAGGACGACAGUCAUAGUUGCACACCGCCUGAGCACUGUUCGAAAUGCUGACACCAUUGCUGUUAUUCAUCAGGGAACACUAGUUGAAAAAGGUCCACACAAUGAGCUUCUAAGAGAUCCAGAAGGAGCUUAUAGCCAACUGAUAAGGCUACAGGAAGCAAACCAGCAGAACAAUCGGCAGGGUGAUGCCAAUGCUCGUCCAGGCAAACAAAUGUCAAUAAAUAAGUCAGCUAGCAGGAGGUCAUCCCGUGAUAAUAGUAGCCACCAUUCAUUCUCGGUACCAUUCGGUAUGCCUCUUGGGAUUGAUAUUCAGGAUGGUUCAUCUAACAAACUGUGUGACGAGAUGCCACAGGAAGUGCCUCUCAGCCGGCUUGCAUCUCUUAACAAGCCAGAGAUCCCAGUCCUUAUACUAGGUUCCAUUGCCUCAGUCAUCAGUGGGGUUAUCUUCCCAAUCUUUGCAAUACUCCUGUCAAAUGUGAUAAAAGCAUUCUAUGAGCCUCCACAUCUUCUAAGGAGGGAUUCACAGUUCUGGGCUUCCAUGUUCUUGGUGUUUGGUGCAGUGUACUUCUUGUCACUCCCUGUCAGUUCGUACCUUUUCUCCAUAGCAGGGUGCAGGUUGAUUAGAAGGAUCCGACUGAUGACAUUUGAGAAGGUGGUAAAUAUGGAGAUUGAAUGGUUUGAUCACCCAGAAAACUCAAGUGGAGCAAUCGGUGCAAGGCUGUCAGCUGAUGCAGCAAAAGUUAGAGGACUUGUGGGAGACGCACUUCAAUUGGUUGUGCAAAACUCUUCGACAUUAGUCGCUGGUUUGAUGAAGUUUAUUCAGGGUUUCAGUGCAGAUGCAAAGAUGAUGUAUGAAGAGGCAAGCCAGGUGGCUAAUGAUGCAGUAAGCAGCAUAAGAACAGUGGCCUCAUUCUCAGCUGAAGAGAAGGUCAUGGAUUUGUACAAGAAGAAAUGUGAAGCUAGCUUUUAUGCUGGUGCUCGGCUUGUUGAGGACAAGAAGACAACCUUUCCUAAAGUUUUCAGGGUUUUUCUUGCUCUUGCAAUGGCGGCAAUUGGAGUGUCGCAAUCAAGUACCCUUACAUCGGAUUCUUCCAAAGCAAAAUCAGCUGCAUCUUCUAUAUUUGCAAUUGUAGACCGAAAAUCAAGGAUAGACCCAAGUGAGGAUGCUGGGGUGACUGUUGAGACACUACGGGGAAAUAUCGAAUUCCAGCAUGUUAGCUUCAGGUAUCCAACCAGGCCAGAUGUUCAGAUUUUUCGGGACCUUUGCUUGACAAUUCAUGCUGGAAAGACUGUUGCGCUUGUUGGAGAGAGUGGUAGUGGCAAAUCAACAGCAAUUUCAUUGCUUCAGAGGUUCUAUGACCCAGAUGUAGGCCACAUACUACUAGAUGGCGUGGACAUACAGAAGUUCCAGCUUAGGUGGUUAAGGCAACAAAUGGGCCUGGUUAGUCAAGAACCAACUUUGUUUAACGACACGAUAAGGGCAAACAUUGCCUAUGGAAAAGAUGGACAAGCAUCAGAAUCUGAGAUCAUAUCUGCUGCAGAAUUGGCAAACGCUCACAAAUUUAUUAGUUCGGCGCUCCAGGGGUAUGACACAAUGGUUGGAGAGCGUGGAGCUCAGUUGUCAGGAGGGCAGAAGCAGCGUGUGGCGAUCGCCCGUGCAAUCGUGAAGGACCCUAGGAUCCUGCUUCUGGACGAAGCGACUAGUGCACUGGAUGCUGAAUCCGAGCGGAUCGUCCAGGACGCACUGGACAGGGUGAUGGUGAACCGGACAACAGUGAUCGUUGCUCACCGUCUGUCAACAAUACAAAAUGCAGAUUUGAUCGCGGUCGUGAGGAAUGGGGUUAUCAUCGAGAAGGGAAAGCACGAUGCCUUGAUCAACAUCAAGGAUGGCGCGUAUGCGUCCCUCGUCGCCCUUCACUCGGCAGCCUCUUCGUAG